GCAUUUUCUCUGAUUUUUUCUCUACAUUUUCAUUGCAGUUCCAUUUGAACAGCUGUAAACACACUAGAAGUACGGCUACAACAACGGGCUGGCACGAGCUCCCACGUUGACGACGAGGACGACGGUGUCGACGACGAUAACGCCAUUACGCCUUCGAUCGCCAUUAUCGGCAACAAAACGACCUCCAGCAGGGACAGCAGUUCAACCAGUCAUCGCCCGCCACCAUGGAAAAGCUGAGGGCGGCUAAGAAAGUCGCCCCCGAUGGCGGCUGGGGCUGGAUGGCCUGCUUUGGCGUUAGUUUGGUCAAUCUUUCAACGCGUUCGAUAGAGCCUUCGUUUGGGUUGCUGUUCGGUGAUUUGCUGAAUGAUUUGCACGUGGGCACCACCGGAGCGGCCAUCAUCAUCAGCGCCCUGGACGUGAUGAUGAACUUUUCCGGCCUGUUUGUCGGGCCGCUGCUCAAGGAGUUUUCGUACCGGAAGGUGGCUAUCGCCGGGGCGCUGCUCUGCUGGCUGGGGCUUGCGCUUACCUCGCCGGCCACCAGCAUGGCGCACAUACUGGCCACGUACAGUGUGAUCAACGGUAUUGGCGUCGGUUUGGCCACAUCUGCCGCCUUCGUCGCACUCAACCACUACUUCUCGAAGAAACGUGGUCAAGCCGUCGGCUUAUCAAUGGCCGGCACAGCCCUCGGAAUGCUCAUCAUGCCCCAGCUAGUACGCUUCCUAUUGGAAACGUACGAUUUCCGGGGCGCAGUCCUACUACUUAGUGGCCUCGCCCUGCACGCCGCCGUCGGGGCCACCCUACUGCAACCCAUCAAGUGGCACCUGAUAGAGGAAGAGGUUGACAUCGAAAUGGUGGAAGCACCCGCCAUGGGCAUCAUCCUGGAACAGGAAGACGACGGCGACAACGACAGUCUUCCGGAGAUCAAGACCCUACUGUUUCCGCGUCGGGACCGGAAACUGUCGGAGAACUGUCCAUCGCCGCAACCGAACGGGCUACCGAAGCGGCCGACGUUCCCUCGGAUAACGUCCAGCGUGAGCGUUCAGGCUGCGCCGAUGGUUGGCGGUAUGCGGACGAGACCCUCGUUUCCACGGAUCACGUCGACGGCCAGCAUGAGCUUGGCGCUGAGGAAGCGGCGGGAGUCUGUCGUUUCGCGACUUUCGGCGCUCGAUUUCACCGGCAGCGGAAGCUGUAUGCACAUACACGUGGAUACGGGCGAUGCUGACGCGGAGGAUGUCGACUACGAGAUCAUUCGGCGCGUAAAUACUCACGUCGGUUCGUUCGCACGUGCUCCGAAGCGCAUCGACACGGUCAAAUCGGAGCUGGGUCUGGAGAUGGUCAAACCGAAAGUGUCCUUUCUGCAACGUUUCACCGCACUGAUGGAUGUGGGCCUGCUGCGGGAUGUCAUCUAUUUGAACAUCUUGUUUGGGCUAUCGAUUUUCUACGUGGCGGAGAUGAACUUUAAAAUGGUGACGCCGUUCUUUCUGUCCAGUUUGGGUUUCAGCAAGGCGGAAACGGCGUACUUUUUGUCGGUGUCGGCACUGACGGAUAUUGCGGCGCGAAUUAUUGUACCGCCGAUUGGGGAUAAGCUCAAGAUACGGAAGCGGUUGCUGUUUAUGACGUCGUUGGUGUUUGUGGCCAUCACUAGAUCGAUCGUGGCCCAUCAGCGAACUUACACCGAACUAAUGGUGUGGCUGUCGAUCACGGGGUUCUUCCGUGGCGUCGCGCUGGCCAACUUCACCCUGUGCGUGUCGGAGUACUCGUCGCUGGAAAAACUUCCGGCCGCCUUUGGGUGGCACAUGGUCGGCAAGGGGGUGUUUGUGAUUGCAUUCGGGCCCCUAAUUGGAGCAAUUCGUGACUGGACCGAUAGCUAUCCCAUCUGCAUUCACGCACAGUCGGUGUGCAUUUUCCUGUGCGUAUUUGCCUGGCUGAUCGAGUUCGCCAUCAAGCGGUUUCGCACCAAGAAGGUAGUGGAGGCCAAUCCGAGUAUGGCGGCGUAAGUGUUUGCCUGGGAGAUGAACCAUAGUUGCCUAGCGGAAGAUGUAUUUUUACAAUAAUGGAGAAUUAUCGAACGAACGUUGAUGUUUGAUGUUUUAGGAACAAAUUUUCCUAUUUUCUAGGUGAAACUAAACAUUAUCGAGUAAGCAUAAGACUGCGAUAUACAUUUAGACAAGGUACACCCCAUAUUUGUUUAUACCAACGAAGUUUUAGCAAACAAUAUAACGCGGUCGUACGGUAAAGUAUAACAAACAAGUACUUACAGAAACGCGUGAAACAGAGGUAUCAACGUCAACUUUUAAAAGUAUGAGAACAGUAUUAGGUGAAAUAAAACUACUACAUACUAAUGUUACUCAAAUACAUCUAUUCGAACUGGCGAGUACUGAAAUUGAGCGAGCCUUAUAGAGCUUAACCUGAUGAUUAUUAGGAGAGAAAUAAAAUAUUACAGAAAUCCUAACGAAGACGGGAGCUGUGUUGUUUCGGAUAGGUUUUAUCCAUGUUAAGUAAAGGACGACGAAUAGCAGUCGUAACUAUAAGCGCCAUCUUCUGGUAAAGAUGAUUUCAUAGCGUAUACUUAUAGGAGUUUUAUGUUAGACGAAAUAGAUUGUUAACCGAUGAUCAAAAAAACCGCGCGUAGGACGUAGGACAUCAGAACAAUAUUCUAAAUGUUAGGUAAAUUUAGUGGAACACAGAGUUACGGGAGAAUCUCGAAGGGGUUUCACAUACACCAGUGUGUAUAUGGUUAAGAUGAAAGUGAUGCCACAGUGCUAAAUAAAAUGAUAAUAAAUUAUGCGUACGCGGGGGAAAUGCUGUAUCAGUGUAUACUUGAA